AUGCAGCUCCUGGCGAGGGUGCCGUCCCUUCCGGAGCGGGGCGAGCUGGACUGCAGCAUCUGCUACCGGCCCUUCAACCUCGCGGGCCGCGCGCCCCGCCGCCUGCCCGGCACGGCGCGCGCCCGCUGCGGCCACACGCUCUGCACCGCGUGCCUGCGCGAGCUGGCGGCGCGCGGCGACGGCGGCGUGGUGCGCCUGCGCCGCGUCGUCACGUGCCCCUUCUGCCGCGCGCCCACGCCGCUGUCGCGCGGCGGGGCCGCGGAGGUCGCGGUGGACCCGGACUUGUGGUCGCGGCUGGAGGAAAGGGCACGGGCCGAGCGCAAGCCGGACGAGGCGGGCGGGCCGGUCCGGGGAGACGGCGACGCCGACGACGAGGAGGGGACGGGACCCAGGAGCGCGGGCUGGGGCGCGCUCCGGCGGCUGUGGCAUCGGGUGCUGGCGCCCGCGCGCCGCUGGCGGCGUCCGCUGCCUAGCAACGUGCUGUACUGCCCGGAGAUUAAGGACCUGGCCCGCAUGACCCGCUGCACGCUGUAGCGGCGGAGCCUGGAAGCUGCGGCAGAAGAAAGGUGGGAGCUGCAUUCUCGGGACACGCUCUAGAGCGGGGAUGGGGGGAUGCCAAGGCUACCCCCGUCCCCCUUCCCGGGGCUGAGCCCAGGGCAGGAGGGACCGCAUCGAGGCGUGUGGACGCCGAGCUGGGAGGCUUGUAGCAAAUCGCCCCUCUCUCUGCGGACUGCGCCCGCCUCGCUCCCAGGAAGGUGGAAACAAAAUCUACAUCCCCCGGGGAAGGAGACAUUGUUUCCUUAGCUGUGACUUUGGCUUUUGUCCAGGGAAGCGUGGAGGCACAGUAGGUCCUAUUUUAGCGAUUCUGUGUACAGUGGUUGAAAAAAAAUUUUUUAAUGUUUGUUACUUAUUUUUGAGAGAGGGACACACAGACACAGCAUGAGCAGGGGAGAGGCAGAGAAAGAGGGAGACAUAGCAUCCGAAGCAGGCUCCAGGCUCUGAGCUGUCAUCACAGAGCUCGACGCCGGGUUCCAACCCAAGAACCGGCCUGAGCUGCAGUUGGAGGCGCUCAACCUGAAGUUGGUCACUUAACUGCCCGAGCCACCCAGGUGCCCCAUGGGGUUGAAAAAAAAAUUUUUUUAAGACAUAAUGAAGAGGGGAGGCCGGUUUUUGUGUGCUGUUAAUAAUCUCGCUUCUCUGGCACCUUAGAAAGCUGAGAAAAAUAAGACGUAUUGGUUUCCCCCCCCCCCCCCACCAGUGCUGGUAUGCCUGUCUCCCCAUUCCCAGUGGUGUGUUGGUAAAAUUAUUGAGAUGCCUGUCUGCCUUGCUUCAUUUCACAAUCUCCCUUCAACCAGUUAGGGCAGGUAUCAGAAGGUCCAGAGGGCGUUUUUUAUCUGAGGCACCUAAUUAGGGCCUAUCAAGGGUAGGAGAGCCAUUUGGUGAAGGCAUCACAUUUUAAUCUUGUGAUAUUAUCUGUCAUUGUCACAGUCACAGGGAAAACACGGUCGCUACUGAAAAAAUAAAAAAGAUGCUCAUCACAGAAUUCUAAACUAGUGCCCCAUAAAUGGACAGCUUCUAUCCUAUGCCAGGAUUCUAUUUUAAAAUCCUGUUAAGUUACAUUAGGAGAGUAUAAUUAUAGUUUAGAAACAGCAGCAUCAGUGGCAUUACAAAAUCUCAGGAUCCCCACUUCAGACUCUUGAGUUGUUUUUUUUUUUUUUUAAUUUCUUUUUUAACAUUUAUUUAUUUUUGAGACAGAGAGAGACAGAGCAUGAAUGGGGGAGGGUCAGAGAGAGAGGGAGACACAGAAUCUGAAACAGGUUCCAGGCUCUGAGCUGUCAGCACAGAGCCCAACGCGGGGCUUGAACUCACGGACUGCGAGAUCACGACCUGAGCCGAAGUCGGACACUCAACUGACUGAGCCACCCAGGUGCCCCAAGACUCUUGAGUUUUAACAAGAAUCCUAGGUGAUCUGUACGCAUAGAAACAUUUAAGAACGGCCGUCCACAUCCUAGACUUGCGAGGCUAUCACCAUCUGCGGUGGAGUAUUGAAAACAGUUGGGAUAAGCGAUCUGCAUUUUAUUGGAGGUCGUAAAGGGACGUUCUGUUGCUGAAGAAAUCUUUCACGUGCGCACUUAUUAUGUUGCACUUUUCCUGAGUUAAAAAUGUGAAUUUAUGAAAUAUCAAACCUCAGUUUUUAUAACUGUAUCUUAGCAUCUUCCUGUCCUUGUCUUAGCCUGAAUGUUCCCUGUUUGGGGAGGCCUUUCUCAUCCACCUAAUGCGGUCCCUUCCUUCACAGGUGCUCUGUUGCACAACUUGUUAUUUUGUUUUCAGAUAGUGUGUGCCUUUCGUGGGUGUGAGCUCCAGGAGAGCAAUGGCUGACUUGUGACUUGUAUCCCCCAGGGCGAAAAGCAGUGUUCAAUGUAUAGUAUGUGCUCAAUAAAUGCUUGUUGGGUAGCUCUUUUAUUUUUUAACA